UCCAGGACCGGAGGAGACCUCAGGUUGAAGCCUUCCUUACACUGACUAUGAGACCAAUCCUUAUGUCAGGCCAGAGCAGUUCAAAAGAAGACACGUCGCCAACAAGAUUUCUGCCUUACCUGAUGGAUUUGACUCUGGGUCAGCAGAAGAGACACAGCCCAGCACCAACAAGGUGUCAAGUACUGAGGGGACUCCCCCAGAAACCCACGCGAGAUUUUUUGCUGGGAAGCCCAGAUGGGCGUGGCCGGAAGUGCUCACCCUGACUUCCGCUACAUGCGCAGUGGAGCCUGAGUUCGUUUGAGACGUGGAGAGGUGUGGUCUCACACCAGCAAAGGAGGAGUGCCAGGAGUGGACAGUUGUCAAGGGUGACAUCUUCAUCAACCCAACUGCUUGCACCUAACUCUUGCCUGCCAUCUCUGACCAGUGUCACCAUGCCUAGAGGUCAGAAGAGUAAGCUCCGUGCCCGUGAGAAACGCCGCCAGGCCCGCUAUGAGACCCAGGCUCUGAAGGAGGCUCAGGCUACCGCAGCAGCAGCAGGAGAGUCCCCCUCUGCCUGUGCUCUCUCUGGGGGUAGACCUGCUGCUGCAACUCCUAGGCGUCCUCAGGGAGCCGCAUCUUCCACUGGUGCCAAUGCAGCUCUUUCAGGCACUGAUUCAGAUGAAGGUGCCAGAAGCCAAGAUGAGGGAAGCCCCAGAUCAUCGAAGGGCUCUGAGGUCUCACACAGAGACCCACUAAACAAGAAGGUAGUUUUGCUGGUGCAGUUCCUGCUGCAGAAGUAUCAAAAGAGAGAGCCAAUUUCAAAGGCAGACAUGCUGAAGUUUGCCAUCAAAAAGUACAGGCAUCAGUUCAAUGAGAUCCUCAAGAGAGCCUCCGAGCAUAUGGAGCUGGCCUUCGGGCUUGAUCUGAAGGAAGUGGAUCCCAUCCGCCACUGCUACACCCUGGUCAACAAGCUAGACCUCACCGAUGGCUCGAUGCACGAGGACGAAAACAUGCCCAAGACCGGCCUCCUGAUGAUCGUGCUGGGUGUGAUUUUCAUGAAAGGCAACUGCGCCCCUGAGGAGGAAGUCUGGGAAGUCCUGAAUAUGAUGGGCGUCUAUGCGGAAAGGAAGCACUUCAUCUACGGGGAGCCCAAGAAGGUCAUCACCCAAGAUUUGGUGCAGCUGCAGUACCUCCAGUACCGCCAGGUGGCCGACAGUGAUCCUCCACGCUUCGAGUUCCUGUGGGGCCAGCGAGCUUACGCUGAGACCAGCAAGAUGAGAGUCCUGGAGUUUCUGGCCAAGAUCCAUGAUACUGUCCCCAGCGCCUUCCCGUCGUGGUAUGAAGAGGCUUUGAGAGAUGAGGAAGAGCGAGCCCGAGCCCGAGCUGCCGCCAGGGCUCGCACCGCUGCCAUGGCCAGCGCACGUGCCAGGGCCUUGGCCAGCAGCUUCUCCCACCCUAAGUGAUGUCUUUGACCGGUUGACCAGGUUUUAUAUCCAAUGUUGAAGUUUGAAGCAGAUUCUUUUCUCUGUGGAACGAAAAAGCAGUCUACAUUUUAAGUAACCGACAGCCAGGGUGGAUCUAGAAGAAACACAGUG